UCCCUCUCUCUCUCUAUAUAUAUAACACCAUAGUGUCAACAUCCUUGCACACCUUCAACCGUGAACCUCUUUAAUCUCAUGUCAACAUUUUCCCAUCAUUUUUAGGCAUUUCGGUUAUAUAAAUCUCAAAAUCAUUGAACAUUCACGAAUUUGUGUUGAAUCAUCAUUGAAAUAAUGGGGAGGUUUUGGAGAAUGGCAGAAGCAUUUGAGGUGGCCGGAAAGGUGAGAGAUUGCGACAGCAGCGGCAGCGAACACUCGCCAGAGACCAUGAUGGAUUUAUCCGAUAUGGUAAACUCGUUCAUAGAGAAUGGCAAUGGUGUUGUCAAUAAAGAUUUUGAUAUGCAAGUUGAUGAUGAAUCCAGUUCAGAUGGAAUUGAUGAUGAUAUGGAGGAGAUGAAGGAAGCAUUGCAGAGAUUGCUUCGAGUUGAUAAUGAUGAUGAUGUGAGAAGAAACUUGAUAUCGAAAGUCCAAAAAGCGAGCAAGGAUGUUGUUCAAGAUAACCGAUCAUCACAAUCUUUAGGGUUUAAACGGAGAUUGAUGGCUCGUCUUCGCGAUCAGGGUCUCGACGCGGGUCUUUGCAAAUCGAAGUGGGAAAAGAAAGGCGGUCGGCUACUCGCUGGCAAUCAUGAAUACAUCGACGUUAAUGUUGAACAAACUCGUUAUAUAAUUAUCAUAUCUUUGUUAGAAGAGUUCGAGAUAGCUAGACCUACAACUAGUUACACUUCGUUCCUCGAGAUCCUCCCUGAGAUCUCACUUUUCAAAGUCGAAGAUUUCAAAGAGAUCGUGAAAAUAAUGUCUAGAGCCAUUAAGAAGUCAAUGAGUCAGAUGAAGAUGCCAGUACCACCAUGGAGACGACGGGAGUAUGUUCAGGCUAAAUGGUUUGGGUCUUACAAACGAACCACCAACGAAAAUCCGACUAAAAAGACACCGGAUCGUAUAGUGAUCAACAAUCAAAGUAUUGGUUUUAUAUCCAUUCCUGAUCAUACUUGCUAUGGUAGACGUCAAGAACAAUUUGCUAAGAGGGAUUUUGGCUAUAAAAUGGGGAAUUUAGCCAUGGUCAUGAAUGGAGCAAGCUAGGAUAUAUUUGUUCGAUUAGUAAAUUAUUUGCUACAUAGUUUAUUUUUACAACCGUUAUGAUUUUUGGGUCAAUAUCAUUAAUGUACAUAUUCAUGUGGAUUUUUUCAUUAUAAUAUGCUUUAAUUGCAUUUUAGUUUCGUGGUAUUUCAUAAGUAAUUGCAAUCAAAUUAAACUUACCAUUAAAA